GACAUGUCCACAGAGUUGGCGCUGGCGUUCCGGCCGGACACGCAGCUCACCGAGGUGAUGCGCCUGCGGGCUCAGUCUCUGCAGCAGCGAGGUCAGAAGAGGCAGGACGGCGAGCGGCUGCUGCGGCCCAACGAGGCCGUGUACCGCCUGGACUUCACCAAGCAGACGCUCAGGUUCUCUCAUUGGGCGGUGAGGCUGCCGCCGGUGGGACGCCUCACCGUCACGGCCACCUCGCAGCUCUGGACCCCCGACCUGACCCACCUGAUGACCCGCCAGCUGCUGGAGCCGGCCGGGGUCUUCUGGAGGUCGCCGGGGGACGCCAGCGAUGCGCCCGUCCGGUUCUACGAGGCCGAUUCCACCGAGUUUGGCGAGAGAAUUGCAGAACUCGCCAAGGUAAGGAAAGCCAUGUACUUCCUGUUUGCGUUCGCAGAAGGCUGCAGCCCGGAGAGUCUGGACUGCUCCAUCAUCUUCACAGUGGACAAAUAA